GCUCUGCGUCUGAUCCACCCCCAACUAUCCAGACAAGCGCCAGCGCAUCCAACAAUUCACGGGAGCUGGAAGCCUAGAGACAACUUCAUCCACCGACCAUGCCACGACAGCACACAUAGCAACACAAUCCGCCCCUGAUAUCGCAAGCGACCACAGACAGCCUCUUCAAGAUCGAGGCCACGACCAGAACCACAGUCCCGUAGCAGAUGCCUUGGGCAGGCUCUAUGCGCUUUUCAACGAUGAAUUGGGGUCGGCAUGCAUAAAAAAGCAAUCCAUCAUUCGUGAUAUGCACACGAUUCUUCUGACUAGUAGCCGCACAAUGGCAUUUCCCCGCCAUGCACACGAAACCGACCCUGCUGUCGGGUUAUGUUCACACCACCAAACCGACAGCCGGCUUCUGCAGUUUCAACGAUUGUUUGGAAGAAAUAAAGUGGUUUUGAAUAAAAAUUCCGUUCAACGGAUAUGCGUCGCUUCGAAAUGCAAAAGCUUGGACCAAGUAUUGACGGUAGAUGAGAUAGAUUUUGCAGAAGGUCUCAUCCAGCUUCAGACUUUGACAGCAAGUACAAAGUCAGAAGAUCUGAACAAGCCCACCGUAGUGAAGACAACGUCGGCUAUGCGCUUCUUUCCCCGUCGAGCUAUGCCAACAUCGCAGCUAAAAGAGCCCCUUCUGAUGCUUGUCGCAUCUGUCCUCGAUCAGAACGGCAUAUCUAUUUCUUCGCUCUCAGUGAACACGAUACGACCGGCGGGUUCUCCGGUGUUUCAAGCAGUGCGUCGUGGCGACCUUCAAGCCUUCAGAUUGAUGCUUUCGCUAGGGGAAGCGUCCGUCAGAGAUCAUGACGAAUAUGGAGCAUCACUUCUCCUUUAUGCACAUGAUCAGCCCGAGUUGUGCAAGUUUUUAAUCGGCGCUGGAGUGGACUUCGAUCACCUCGGAUGCAUUGAUGGCAUCAUGGGUUUCCUCGGCAGGAAGAGAAGUUCCACUGCCCUGACACUUGGACGAGUAGAUCCAGAUUGUUCCCCGGACGAGAUCGAAAACAUAAACCAGUGUCGCCAUAUUCUUCUUGAAGCUGGGGCAGACCCGACCUUGCCGGACAGUCUAGGCGAUACUGUUUUCUCUCGUGUCUUAGGUUAUGUCUCAAAGGCAUCGGUUUCAACUGUCUGGAAUCCUUCCCUCACCGGAAUUUGGCUGUCCAUUUCAGACUAUGCUGUUUUCAGCAGCGCCUGUGACUAUGCCGAGCCUCACGCGAUUGCCGAGCUUAUUAGGCUUGGAGCAAACGUGCAUGCCCGAGACCAAGAAGCGCGUACGGCAUUGCAUCAUGCGUGUCGUAAUGCUCGAUUUACCAUAUGGGGAAGCAAGCGCCGCGGAACCGCUUACCUCGAAACAAUUGAGCUCUUUCUCAAGGCGAAUGUCGACAUGUAUUCUCGCGACUGUGAAGGGUUUACGGCAGCUGACUUGGCAUAUCAUUGGUGCGCAAAUGACUGGCGAACAGAAUGGCACGGAGGCUCUCCUGGCGACAUAUUCGAUGCCGCCCUGGCAAGAUGCGGGUUCGAUAUUGAGCGCUUCCGCAGAACAUCCGGGCAAGCUCGCAAAGCUCGUUAUACGGAUGAUUACCAGCGGCGUGAUUUUGAACGGCUAUGGACAGGUUUUGAGCACCUUUGCCCUUACUGGAACGACGAACCCUGGCCGGCAGACCUGGCUACCGCUGAAUUUUCUUCAAGUGAAGAAUCAGAAGACGCAUGGUGUGAGCCUGAUUCCACAUCUUCUUCGGACGAGGAGAAUAACAAUGAUGUCGAUUGGCAGCUUGACGAAGUCGCUGCGAACAGUGAUGACGAACGGGCUGUCACAGCCUCGGUGGGUGAAGGGCCAGAUUCCGCAUCGCUCUGGGCAAUGAGACCCCCAGAGCUGCCGUCAAUGCUGACAGAGCUUUUGGAGGGAGACUUGCCAUCGGACUCCGAGGUCGAAGUGAUUCGGGAGAUUAUUCCAGAGUAUCUGAUCGUCGAAGAUGCAGAAGAACUGGAGUUCAGUUUUGCAGGGCAAGCCUGAUCCUCUGUGGCCGGCAACCAUCCAGUCCUGUUUAUAUGAUCAAAUUCUAGAAGUGGAGAGAGCUCAUCACUCAGAUCAAGUGUCAUCCUCAGCCUACUCAUCGCAAUACAAAGCAC